UCUAGCAGGCUAACGGGUUGGCACAUAUGGCCAUCGCCUUGGCUGGGGUGUUUUCUGUAGUUUCCUUUGUUUACCUCCGUUACGUUAUGCGGUUAAAAGCUAUCGCUGAUUGACGACGUUAACGUUUCUCCUCUCACCUUGAUGAGAAGUCAGAAAAUGAUCGCAUCCCUAUCUAAAGGAAGUCUCGUUGACGUGCUACAGGAGGGUCCGAAUGAGCAACAACUCGCUGGAUAUGUGUCUUGGGUUAAUACCCAGCUGAGGAAGAAGCAAGGUCUGACACCUGUGAGCGACCUACGACAGGAUCUAAGAGAUGGCGUCGUCCUCGCACACCUCAUUGAGAUUGUGGCCGGUGAGCUGCUGGAUGGCAUUCAUUAUGUGCCACAGAACGACCAGGAAAAGAAACAGAACGUGGAGAAGGUUUUGCUGUUUGUUUCAUCCAAACGAAUCCGAAUGCCACAGACUUCUGCCAAGGACAUCGUGGAGGGGAACCUCAAAUCCGCUAUGAGGCUCAUCCUCGCUCUGGCUGCACAUUUUAAACCCUCCUCAUCGGCCAAUCACAGAGCUGUAGCUGGUUUAAGCAGAAGUUCCACUGGCUCAUCGGCCAAUCACAGACCUCAUUCUACCAUGGCCAUGGCCCAGAAUGCCGCAGCAGCACUGGCGGCUGCCAGACAGGAUGCUUCUCGCCCAGGUCGCUCAGUCUUUCACCUACGACAGGAAUGGAGCAGUCGUGGCUACAGUGCAGAUGAGGACAUGGAGAACCCCUGCUUGAGCGUCCGAGCGUUGGUCCAACAGUAUGAAGGACAGCGAGGGACAUUUGAGGAGGACACAGAAGCGGGAACCUCCGCCGGCCUAAGUUCACCAAGCCCUACACACACACCCAAAGACUCCAUCAGUCUGUCAGAAGUGAAUAACGGCUGUGAAAACAACAAUAAGUCAGAAACAGUGAAAUCGGCCCUGUGUGACCAGGCUGUUGUCCAGGGGCAUGAUGGUCUGGCAGGGGGAUGUAACUGGGAAUACAAACUGUGUGAGCAACAGGAGCAGCUGGAGAGGGAGAUGCAGGAGGCACGGAAAAUGGUGUCCAGUCUACAGGCUAUUCUUCUCCAUGGUUCAUUGCCUGAAGAUGAACAGGAGGUUUCGCUCUGUUUGGGUGACGAAGUUGAACAUGCAGAGCAGCAGUUGGUUGUAAUACGGAGUCGUCUGGACCAGAGCAUGGAGGAGAGUCAAGAUCUGAAGAGGGAGCUGUUGAGGUGCAAACAGGAGACACGUAACCUACAGGGAGUGAAAGAUGCUCUUCAGCAGCGAAUGGCGGUGCAAGAGUCCUCCGUUCUGCAGCUCAAGCAGGAGCUCCUGCGCACCAGCAUGUCUAAAGAUGAGCUGGUUGGACAGAAUGCUGAGCUACAGAAGAAGCUGGAGGAGAGGACCAGAAUUCUCAGUGAAUAUAAGAAAGAACUGGGUCAGAAAGAUCGGCUUCUACUGCAGCAACAGAUGAAACUGGAUGAUACGCAGCGUAAACUUACCGACACCAGUAACCAGCAGGCUUCCCUGCAGAGGGAACUGGAGCACAAGGACAACAUUCUCAAAGAGUUAAUGAGCCAUGAGGCCCAGGAGCUCUCAAGCUCUCAAAAUAAUGGCUUCUUACACCCACCAGUCACAACAUCAAAAACUCGUGAGGCUGAGGAGCUGCAGUUGGUAAGGGAUGCCCUGCGUAGUCUGAGGAACAGCUUUGGAGGUCACGACCCUCAGCAUCACACCCUGGACACCCUAGAGCAGGGUGUGGCCAGCCUGAUGGAUCGCCUGUAUGAGCAAGAGUCACAUCAUAAACCAGAACGGAGGGGUAGAACCAAAUCAUCAGGACACAAAGCAUCUCACUCAGAUAGAGAUUCAUGGCCUUCUACGUCAAAAAUGGCUCACUCUCAAAGCAAUCCUUCACUCAACUCCUCAGCAACCACCAAAGUUCUGUACUUUACGGAUCGCUCGCUCACACCCUUCAUGAUCAACAUUCCCAAGAGGCUGGGGGAGGUCACCUUGCAAGAUUUUAAGGCAGCCAUAGAUCGGGAAGGAAAAUAUAGAUACCAUUUUAAAGCACUGGAUCCAGAGUUUGGCACUGUCAAAGAAGAGGUGUUUCAUGAUGGUGCAGUGGUGCCUGGCUGGGAGGGAAAGAUUGUGGCCUGGGUGGAGGAGGACCUUGGACAAAGAGGGACAUAAAUUAAUCUGCAAGAAUCUUUGAAGAUUAUCGGAAAACUGUAAUCUGUGCCAAAAGGAUCAUUGAUCAACAUUCAUUCGUAAUCUCAAAUCUACAGAGAGUAGUCCUCUAGCGUUGCCCUUAAAAAUCUUGCAGUUGUUCUUUAUGAGCUACGGUAAGAGUAGCAAGAAUCUGCGUAGAAGACACAAAUGAAGACCAGGACCAGUGUCAAACAUUCACCCAGAUUCCUGUCUAUAGAUCAGUAUUAUUUAAAUAUAACUAGACAGGAUGAAUUUCAGAUCAGAGAUUUUGCCAUAUUUAUUCCCCGGAAAAUGCUUAAGGAAAGUUUUUGUGUCACCUUUCAGUGUUUUGGUUGAUAAUGUGAUAAGAGGGCGAUUUUAAUUCACCUACUUAAAAGUAGGUAGUGCCAGACUACUUUUUAAUUAAAUUUAUCCAAAAUUAAAUUGAUUUUGCUGUGAAAAGAGAACGGUGAAUUAAUUGUGUGAAUGUGGUUAAAGAAUGGAAUGGAUUAUGUUUUUUCUUCAGUACAAGAUGUUCACAUUCCUUGAGUUCUUUUUUUAAAAGAGAACUUGGAUUUUUUUCCACUAAGGAAAAAGAAAGUUUUUUGAUGAAACAUUGUUAAAAUAAAAGUCUGCGUCUUAAUACUUGUCAACAGCGUUUAGUUAAAUUCUACGUAACUAAAUUGCAAAAAGCGCUUAUUGUUAUUGUGAGCUUUUUUAUUGUUCAGAUGUGCUGUUAGUUGCACUGAUCUGACUUUAUUAUAGUUUACAGGAGAGUGCCUGCACAAUGCUACCAGAGAGGGGUAACAUGGUUAGCCUUUUGUAUUUUUUGUUUUAUUUCCUAUUUAUGUAAAUAUGUAAAUAUUUCAGGCAUAGUGCCUUCACUGUAUGAUGUCUUAUGAAUUAUAUGAUAAUAUUUCAAAGUCAAAGAAUAUCCCCUUUGUACCUGCCAGAAAGGCAUAAAAGCUUAUCAUAGAGACUCUUAAAUAACUGGAACAACGUGGCUAUAAAAGUAUUGCUGGUAGCCUUAAGAGGAUUGUUAUUUGGUUUGCAAAUAAAUAGUUUACCCUUUA